UGACUGGCGUUAGCUUCGUCCACAAACAUUGGUUCACUAAAUACUAACCACUGAACAUGCGCUGUAGAGAGUAGGCGGGAUUUCCUGAUACUUUUAGCAUUUCGGCCUCUCUCGUUGAAGGGCACUUGUACAAUUCCGUGCACAAGCUACUAUCCAACAUGGGCGGACACGACGCAGGAACCAGUCACCAGUUUACUGGUUUUGCCAAGUACUUCAAUGCAUACACAAUCACAGGCAGGAGGAACUGUGUCUUGCUCACAUAUGCAAGCAUAGCCACCAUUGCCCUCUUCUUCAAGUUGAAGCCCAAGAAACAGGCGGCUGUCACGGCAAAGUGAUGUGUCCUGACUGUUCUGUAGUAUAGUGGUUGGAAGCUUGACGGCAGCUGGAUGUGCUUGCAAGAAUUAAGGCCAUAUUACUUGGCAUCGCCGUGUUAUUAACAAUAAAAAUGUACAUUUUAACCCA